AUGCGAACUGAGUCAGUAUCUACUGGUAAAAACCUUCAUCCGUCGUGGGACAGGGUGCAAUGGGAGUCUCGCUUUUCGCUCUCACUCCUCCCCAUUCCUCCCCGCCUCCAGCCGUCGUACGCAGUGAGGGAGGGCGACAGGGUGCAGGGCAGGCUGGCUCCGCCCCAGUCACAGCACGCGUUGGAGCCAUCCGCCAUUGCCCUGCACGUGGUGCACGAGGAUGACCACGUGGUGGUGGUCAAUAAGGCACCCCACAUGCACACGUUGGAGCCAUCCCCCAUUGCCCUGCACGUGGUGCACGAGGAUGACCACGUGGUGGUGGUCAAUAAGGCACCCCACAUGCACACGUUGGAGCCAUCCCCCAUUGCCCUGCACGUGGUGCACGAGGAUGACCACGUGGUGGUGGUCAAUAAGGCACCCCACAUGGCUGUGUAUUGGUCAUCCAUUAACCCUACCCAACCUCGUGGCACCUCGCUGUCUGCUACCUGUCUGAUUGCCCCGCAUUGUCCCCUCUCAUGCACCCCUCUCAUGCACCCCUCUCAUGCACCCCUCUCCUCCACCCCUCUCCUCCACCCCUCUCAUGCACCCCUCUCCUCCACCCCUCUCCUCCACCCCUCUCCUCCACCCCUCUCCUCCACCCCUCUCCUCCACCCCUCUCCUCCACCCCUCUCCUCCACCCUUCUCCUCCACCCCUCUCCUCCACCCCUCUCCUCCACCCCUCUCCUCCACCCCUCUCCUCCACCCCUCUCCUCCAGAGCAGGAGUGGGGGAGAGGGUAAGGGACUCUCAGACUUCUCUGGCCGCAGAUUGGGAUGACGAAGAGGAUGAGGAGGGGGAUGAGGAUGAGGAGGAACUUGAAGAAGGGGAGGAGGAAGAGGAAGCGCAGGAGGGACAGGGAGCAGAGGUGGGAGUCAGAGCAAGCCUAACAGGGGGGCUGGAUGGGCUGGAUGUGCGGCCAGGGGGGCUGGAUGUGCGGCCAGGGGGGCUGGAUGUGCGGCCAGGGAUAGUGCAUCGGUUGGACAAGGGAACCAGCGGGCUACUUGUGGUGGCCAAGGACCCGUUCAGCCAGGCUCACCUGAGUGCGCAGUUCAAGGCGCGCACCGUGCACAGAAGCUACCUCUCCCUUGUCAUCGGCACGCCCUCUCCUCUCUCAGACCGAGUGGAUGCCCCUAUUGGUCGAGACCCCAAGGACCGCAAGCGCAUGGCAGUGCUGCCUCUCACCGGCUCUCACCGCAGCAGACGAGCCGCUAGCAGGUACCAGGUGCUGGAGUCACUGGCAGGAGGAGCAGCCGCGCUGGUGGAGUGGAGGCUGGAGACCGGGAGGACGCACCAGGUAUCGGGUCGGGUGGUGAAGUCACGUGCAGGAGAAGCAGCUGCGCUGGUGGAGUGGAGGCUGGGUGGGUGGUAG